AUGGAUUCGGCUAUCGCUGCUCACCAAUUGCUCCAAUAUCUUCGCUUUGGAUAUCCUCCAAUUCUGCUAGUGAUUCUCUUUGUCUUCUUUUUGGUCCAUUCAUCACAGGUAGCCAAAAAUAAUGCCGGUCAGAGUACUGAAGUGCAGUAUGGCCCCGGUGGGAAACCACUGCCCAGGCGAACCCGAAUAAUGAUGGCAGUAGCCAAGGACUUGCCCGCGGAGCUCGCGCUAAAUAAAUCCAAAGCUUGGUUUGUUUGGUUGAGUCUUUUGGUGUUGGCAACAUAUGUUGGAGAGGCAGCUGUUCACAUGACCCACGCCAUGGUCUCAAAGUCGGAGCAGUGGUGGUGUGGUCAAGCAGUGGUGGUCUUUGUUGUUGGAUCUUUCUUCGCUCAUGCCGUCAUCUUCAUCUCUUUAAUCGAUACGAACCCCGCACCAUCAAUCGCACAAUUCAUCCCAUGGAUAUCAGCCAUCCCGUUCGAGGUAGCAAUUCUCUCGACUUCAGUCUCAAUAUAUGCUCAUACCCAUCAUGAACCUACAAUCCAAGAUCCAUUCGGUGGAAGAUUGCGCACAAAAAUCACAUUCUGGGAGGCAUUGGAGGUUUCCGCAGGCUCUGUGCGGGUUAUUGUUCUCACACUAUUGGUCGCAUCCUACAUUUUCAAGUCUGCUCGCAAACAUCGCGCCUUCAAGGAGGCUGAAGAUGCCGAUCCCGGAGAGACAACCAGCCUGCUAGAUUCAAGAGGCAAUGCCAACUCGGAUGACAGUGAUGGCUUGACCGAUGGCCAGCAGACCCCUCAAGUAGAAGCCUGGGUCCGGCCUUUGACGACCCCUUCCACCAACUGGAUGGAGUAUCUGAGUGGCUAUUCUCUAUUCUUUCCAUAUCUAUGGCCUUACAAAUCCCUCCGCUUGCAAGUUGUUGUCGUCAUCUGCUUUGGUAUAUUAAUUGUGCAGCGAGCGGUCAAUAUCCUAGUCCCAUAUCAAGUGGGAGUGAUCGCAGACUCAUUGUCCACCAGUGACGGAACUCUGCAGGUGCCUUGGUUGCCCAUUUGUUUGUAUAUCAUUUACCGUUGGCUUCAAGGCAGCCAAGGUUUCCUUGAGUCGGUUCGUUCCAACCUGUGGAUUUCAGUGAGUCAAUAUGCAUACAUGGAGCUGUCAACCGCGGCAUUUGAGCAUGUUCAUAAUCUAGGGUUGGACUUUCACCUAGGUAAAAAGAUGGGCGAGGUUCUUUCUGCUCUUACCAAAGGCAGCUCAAUUAACACUUUCCUUGAGCAAGUGACCUUCCAAGUGUUGCCUAUGUUCAUUGAUUUGGCCAUCGCCAUCGGAUACUUCCUAGUCGUAUUUGACGUGUACUACGCGUUGGCUGUCGCUAUCAUGACGUUCUUCUACCUCUAUUCGACUGUCAAAAUUGCCUCUUGGAGAGCCAAUAUGAGACGCCAAAUGGUGAACGCUUCUAGGCAGGAAGACGCUGUCAAGAAUGAUUCGCUUGUGUCCUACGAAACCGUCAAAUACUUCAACGCCGAGGAAUAUGAGUUCAAUCGCUAUCGAGGGGCAGUCUCGGACUACCUGCGGGCGGAAUGGCAUUCCCUCUUCGCGCAGAAUCUGAUGAAUAUUUUCCAGAAUGUCAUCUUUAUGCUUGGCCUUUUAAUCACCUGUUUUAUUUGCGCCUACCAGGUUGCUCGCGGUCAACGUGCAGUUGGCCAGUUCGUGACCCUCCUUACCUAUAUGGCCCAACUUCAAGCUCCCUUGAAUAUCUUUGGAACCUUCUACCGAUACAUUCAAUCUGCCUUGAUUAAUGCAGAGCGUCUACUGGAGCUGUUCCGCGUCCAGCCAUCGGUGGUGGAUGAACCAUCUGCAACGCCGCUAGCUGUCUGUCACGGCCGAAUUACAUUUGACGAUAUCCAAUUCUCAUAUGAUUCACGACGACCUGCUCUCAACGGGUUGACUUUUGAUUGCAAGCCAGGUACGACUACUGCUCUGGUGGGAGAAUCAGGUGGUGGAAAAUCGACAAUCUUCCGCUUGCUCUACAGAUUCUACAAUCCGACCGGCGGAAGCCUUUCGAUUGAUGGACACGACACCCAAACCUUGACAAUUGACUCUGUGCGGAGACACAUUGGCAUUGUCCCACAAGACACAGUUUUAUUCAAUGAAACACUCAUGUACAAUCUCAAAUACGCCAACCAAAAUGCCACCGACGAGGAAGUUUAUGAGGCCUGCCGCGCAGCCAGUGUACAUGACAAGAUCAUGGCCUUCCCCGAUGGCUACGAAACCAAAGUGGGAGACCGUGGCUUGCGACUAAGCGGUGGCGAGAAACAGCGCGUUGCCAUUGCCCGUACCAUUAUCAAGAAACCUCAGAUUAUCUUGCUUGACGAGGCAACGGCUGCAUUGGAUUCUGAGACGGAGCAGAACAUCCAAGAAGCACUAGCUAUCUUGUCGCGUGGACGCACUGUGCUAGUCAUUGCACAUCGGCUGAGCACGAUCACCACAGCUGAUAACAUUGUUGUAUUACAUGAAGGUCGGGUCGCAGAGAGUGGAACCCAUGAACAGUUACUGGCUUCUCACGGUCGAUAUACAAGUAUGUGGCAGAAGCAGAUUCGUGCACAGACCGAAUCAGUGGGCUUGGGAGCCUUGUCAGGCAAUAUAUAG